GGCUGUGGACUUCAGCUGGGAGGAGUGGCAAGACCUGGAUCAUGCUCAGAGGACCCUGCAUAGAGAUGUAAUGCUGGAGACCUACAGCAACCUCUUGUCCUUAGGACACUGUGUUCCUAAACCUAAAUUGAUUGCCAAGCUGGAGCAAGGUGCAGAACCAUGGAUAAGAGAAGCCUCAAACAAGAAUCUCACAGAUGUCCAAGAAAAGGAGUACAGGACUAAGACCUAUCAGAAGAGUCCCUAUGAUUGUCUGUCUGAAGUAGGAGUCAUGAAUACUAACACAGGGAAGAAAAAAGUGAAAUUAAUAACAACUUUUAAUUUGAGAUCAAAACCUAAGUCAGAGCUGAUUAGGAAUAAUGGGAACUCCUUAGGGAUAAGGACAGAGGAGUUCAGGCAGUGUCAGAACAUGCUUCUCCAUGGCGAGUCUAAUGGGAUGUGUGCUGCUUAUGGUCCUGGA